AUGAAGAUCAUUCUUGAAAGUUUCCUCAAAAUCGGUAACCCGGAAGCGAGCCAGAAAAAAAUAUGCGGAACGAGCCAGUGCCCUGAGAAUGAAAUCUGUACGAACGGCGUCUGCGUUUCUAAAUCAGAGGCUAGUCAUAGUCAGGAUUAUGUAGAUGGUAAAAAUGAUUAUGAUAACAACGACAAUAAUAUUAAUAAUAAUAAUGAUAAUUAUAAUAAUAAUGAUAAUUAUAAUAAAAAUAAUAAUGAUGAUGAUGAAGAAAGCGAUGAUGAGUUUGGGAGAAAGUGCGGGCAGGGCACUUGCAUUCAUGGAGAGAGGUGCCAGAAAUUGAAAUGCGUUGACUGUACUAAGAAAAUAUCCUGUGCAUGUGACGCUAGCAACAACAACAAUAACAAUAAUAAUAAUAACGAUGAUGAUGAUGAUGCUGACGAGGACGACGAUGAUGAUGAUGACGAUGGUGGUACUUCAAACAGUGAUGAAUACGGCUGCCGCAUAUGCGAUUGUGCAGCAAGUCAACCGAGAACCGGCUCCGUAAAAAAUGUCGGCGAUGUGGCUACUACAGCCACCACAACUACUACUACGUCAGCACCCACCGUUUUCUCUCUCAACGAUCUUUUCUCUGACGCAUUUGGCAAGAGCGGCAGCAGCGGCGAGAAAAAAAAUGGCGGGAAAAAAUUUGGCGGGAAAAAAAAGAGGCGAAAUCGGAAGAAGAAAAAAAAAUUGACUACUUAUGCUGCAAGUAUAACCACCGGAAAGUCUCUAACGACAACAACUUCAAAGCCCAACUGCUCCAAUAACAUGAUGAAGUGCCAAGACGACCAGGAAUGCGUGAAAGACGUGUGUGUUGCGAAAUCGAGCAUGGGCAUCGAGACGAUAGCCAGGCAAGCUCUGAUACUUGGGGCGUGCCCGACUGGCCAACAGUGCGUCAACAACACAUGCGGUCGGUAUUGCUAUGACAAAAACUCAUAA